AUUUUAGGACGUUAGAACGCCUAUAUUAAAUGCUAUUAGAAAUGAUUUACAAUAAAAAAAAGAAAAAAAGUUAAAUGACUAUAUAAUAUGCAUCCAAUGUGGAACAAGUACUGAGAUUACACGUUUCUUUACAAAAUUUAUGCUCAAUUUAUGACUAGAAGUAUUUCAAACUUAUCAUUGAAUAUACUAUUAUUGUAAGUUAAGGUAUAAGACCAAAUAUUAUGUUACAACAAAAUAUACUAUUGGUAAAAUACGAAGAUAAAAACGCUAGAUUGUGGUUUAUAUUGAUUUUAGUUGUAUAAAGUAAUAAAAUUCCUUGUUAUCCUUAGUAACCACGGUAUAAAAGAGAGGAAUACUUUGAAUGGGAAAUAUUAGUUCAAGUAUAAAUGAACGAGUGAUCGACGAAGAAAGCUAGUCUCCGAUGGAUUCCAUGCGGUCUGCUAAAAAGAUUAAAAGAAAAUGAUGGAGGUGCGACGUUAGUCAUAGUACUCGUAGUAUUCCAUGAGUAUAACUCAAAGAACAGAUCUAUUCAAUUCUAAUUGCCGCGAACAAACUCGAUCCAUGCCCGAAAAGGAAUAGAGCGGAAUAGCGAAUAGCGAAAGCCGCGUUCCUCCCGUUCUGCUUUUAUGGCUUUAAUUUUUGAGUUCGAACGGUGCACAACGGUCGCGUUCACGGUUGAACAAAAGACCGCUAGACGGCGGGAGAAUCGCGCGGAGUGCAAGAGCCAGUGACACACUGUGUUAACAUCAAAAACUUGUGUAACACGGGUCCGCGAUGUUGUUUGCGUUGUACUGAUAAAAAUUUAAACCACGGCAGUUGUGUAGCGAACAAGCACCGUUCGACGUUCGCGUGUGUUUUGUUCGCGAUCUUCGAAUUGUUACGAAACCGUUCCGGAAUCGGUGCUGUUCCUGACCGAGGACCAACGGGAUACGCGUAUCGGUCUGUCCGUAACAACAAUAUCGGAUCCAUUGGCGAAAAGGAUUAACGCGCGAGCCGCGUCGAAGGACACCACACCGUCGACCCCAACGAACAUGUUCGGCGAACAAAACGUGUACGACAAACGUCGAAUCGCGAUGUACUGCGCAACGACAUAGGUGUGGCGCGCGAAAGAGAGAGCGUAUACGCACCUAACCGUAGGUACGUGCGGGCAAGUGCUGCGUUGGAAUGAAGACAGCAAAGAAUUGGAUUAACUUUCCCCGAUCACGUUCGAGUGCAGCGAAAACGAGCGAUUACUCUUAACACGGUGUGAAACGUGCCACCGAUACAGCGAAAUUGAUCGUAUACAGUGUAACGAAGUCACUCUUUCUCUAAAAUCAAGAUAUAAAUUCUUGUGCCAGUGGCGUAAGCAGCAACCUCAGGAGCCACAUGCCAAAACUCACAGUACGGCCGUUUUCUAACUAAACCCUUUAAAUGUCUAAUUACAUCAGAAAAACAAGCGGUAUACUUACUUUUUCACGAAAAGCGACCAACGAAACUUGUACAGCGAUAUUCAUUGACUCGUAUACAAGUUUCGCGUAAAGUGUAAUAAUAGUAAUCAAGGAGUUCCUCGAUGUUUGUUAGAGAACAAAAUAGUAAACAAGACGCUAUUAUGUUUGUUUGUGGUUCGUUAUAAAACCCAGGGUGCCCGCGUGCUUGGCACGCGCCGCACGCCCUUAGCUACGCCACUGUAUCGGUCCUUUUCGAAGUAAAUAUCAGUGGAGUUACACCGUGUGGGUGCGUGUGUGUGGUUCGCGGCUGUGCGUGUGCCUGCGCCUAUGCGUCUCCAUUCGUCGAGCCGCGGUGAUCUUCGCAGUGGUGGAGGCGGCGGAGGACAGAGCGAAGGCGGCGGCGGCAAUAGCACCAGCAGCGGUGGCGACGGCGGAGGAGACAGUGGAGGUGGUGGCGGCGGCGGCGGUGGCCGCGACGGCGUUUGGAGGGAGAGAUUUCGUACGUCGUGACUGAGCGAGCGAGUGGGUUGGCGCGUGUGCGUGCUUGACACGCGUAUACGCUCUCUCAUUCUCGGUUCCCCGUGCGCGCGUGUUUACUCGUGGCGAUGUGUGGAUGUGUGUUUCUCGCGCCCGCGCAUUAACGGAAUUCACGAUCGGACACGCAGGGACUCAACAAAUGUUUAAAUGGACGCAUCGUCCAUUAUCACCCAAGUGUCGCGGGAUGACGAGCUAGGCCAGUUUAAUAACGAGAAAGCCCAGUUACCGCGAGAGAAUGAAGUGGCCAGCAACGGUCCAGCCAGUGGCAAAAAGCCAAGAGGGCGUGGACUUCUACGAUCUCUACUUUGUUGUCUCGGUAGAGGACGUGGAAGUAGUUCAAAGAGUUCGAAAACAAAUUCUGUACAAUGGGAUGAACAAGGUUCUCCACCGCCAGGGACUGGAUCCCCUCGGUUUCUUCUCCCACCUGUCAGACAUCAGGAUAUGCACAAGAAGUGCAUGGUGAUUGAUUUGGAUGAGACGCUAGUGCAUAGUUCUUUCAAACCAAUCAACAACGCUGAUUUUGUUGUUCCUGUAGAAAUUGAUGGGACAGUGCAUCAGGUGUAUGUUUUAAAGAGGCCUUAUGUGGAUGAAUUCUUGCAAAGAAUGGGUGAACUGUACGAGUGUGUAUUGUUCACUGCAAGUUUGGCUAAGUAUGCUGAUCCAGUAGCAGAUCUGCUUGACAGAUGGGGAGUGUUCAGAGCAAGACUGUUUAGAGAAUCUUGUGUUUUUCACAGAGGAAAUUAUGUUAAAGAUUUAAAUAAACUAGGGCGGGAUUUACAACAAAUUAUUAUUGUUGAUAAUAGUCCUGCCAGUUACAUUUUCCAUCCAGAUAAUGCGGUACCAGUGGCGUCAUGGUUCGACGAUAUGACCGAUUCAGAACUACUAGACUUAAUUCCAUUUUUUGAGAAACUCAGUAACGUGGAAAAUAUUUAUACAGUCUUGUGCAAUAUCAAUCACCCUUAUAAUCAAAUGCAGACUAUUGUACAGAAUAGUCCAAGCCCAGGUUCAGGUUCGCUUGGUGCUUCCUAGCCCUACCUAAAUUCUGGCCAAACAGCCAGUAUUGUCAUCGCUCAAUGCACUCUGAGGAGGAUUGUGACUGGAAUACUCCGCGUUACUUUCUUGUUAUGUGGCAGUGGACAACCAGGUAUGGCCCACUAAAUACCAAGUGUAGUAUGCAGACAUACCUGUUGAACAAUCAUUUAAAUAAGGGGUGAAAAUUCUGUAUCCUCCUGUGUAUUAUUUGUUUUGAUGCAACACAAAUCACGGUUGGUUUCGUUGUUGGCUUGAGUUGUCUUUCCUGAUAAACAACAAUAUACUGUGCUCCGAACUGUUCACAGUAUGACAGAUACGAUGUACUGAAUAUAUUGAUCUAAUCGUUAACGUACAGUUUUUAAAAAAAAUUCACGAGUAGCUCAAUUGGUAAUAACAAAUAACUCCUUCAGUUACACCGAAGCGGAAUAGAUUUCGAAUAUAAUUUAUCGGUUACAUAAUAAUUCAAUGUGCGUGUUUCCGUGUUUGGUGUACUUGAGAAAAAAAGCACAUGAUAAGGCUAACAGCGAAUGUGAAACGUGAUGUACAUUUUAUACUGGUUAAAUGCAUAACUUUGUGCUUAUUUGAACUUAAUUUUUACAAAGUACCUCAUGAAUUAAUUGUAGAAGAGAACAAAAUCACGUAUAUGAAAUUAGAGUAUAGCGUUAGCGGUACAAAGGAAAGAAAAUACUGAAUUACUUUUGAGUCGUUUGAUGGGCUAUAUUAUAUAUAUAUAUAUAUAUAUGUAUAUAUUCUACUUCUCCCCUUAUUAUAAUCCGGUUAUUUACUAUGAAUUUGCAUUACGUUUACUGUCACUGUAUAUACAGUUUCAACGAGUUCUUAUAGUAUUGCUAUGAAUAUCGAGUAACAUAGUAAUUAAUUUUUAUAUAAAUUUUAUGAGGCUGAUAAUUCCAAAUAGUAUCAGAAAUUAGCAUCUUUGUAAAAUCCUUUUACCGAAUGUAAUCAAGAUUUGUUAGAAUUCAUCGAAGAAAUACGUUCGAUUUUAUUGAAUCAGACUUUCUUCCUAGAAACGAACAAGAAACAUUGAGAUCUAACAAUUUAAGAUUUUAGUAAUACAAAUAUUAGAACGAUUAUUAUUUACCUAACCGUUUCUUCUUUAUUUUUACUGAAACGAUAUUAACAGUAACUACAGUUUGAGAUAUUUAAUCUGAUUACAUACGAAAUUAAUGUUAAUACACUUUAAAUGAAUAUUGUUAUAUGAUGGUAUUUUAACUUUGUUUUGGGAAACAUUGAGAAAAUAAUGAAAAGGUAUAAAACAACCAAAAUUUUGUAAAUGUUUAAAUAUUGAGUCUGUGCAUAUCAUUCUCUCCCUUCAGGCAAUCGAGUAAUAAAGCAUUACGUUAAUUCAGUAAUGAUUACAAUAUCAUUAAUAAAGUAGACUUAUUUAAUCUUGUAAUCUUUCAAGCGUAGGUAAGCGAAAAUGUAUUUUCACGCAUACGCAAACAUUUACUAACAAGCGGUUAUCAAGUUUGUACUUUUAAUUAGUGCAUAACAGAUGUAUAUCGCUUUUUAUUUUAUUACUGCUGUUACUAACAUAAUCAUCAUCACCAUUAUUAAUAAUAAUAUAGUAAAUCGAAUUUAAUUACAUUAUUGUUAUUAUCGGUUUAGUUUCAAAUAAUCUAAUUUAUUAAGAAUAUUAUCUGUUUGUCGUUAUCGAAUAUUCUAAUCAAAAAUCAAUUUACGGAAAUGUAUAACGUUGCACAGACGAGACAGUUACAGAGAUAAAGUUUUAUAAUAACGGCAAAGGAUUUCACCAUUCGUAUGUCAGUUGCAACCGUUUAUUGGAUUAUAACGUUAACGUCAUUUCGUCGCGUCUUUUACAUAAUAUGACAAAAUCAAUGAUUAGAUUUAUGGUAUCUAUUUCAAAAUUUCAGUGUUUACUUUUCAUCUUGAAAUAUUAAAGGCACAUUGAUAAGAUAUGUAUCUAUACGUAGAUUAACAGAAUCAGAAUAAUUUUCAAGUACUUUGCACUGUAUUUGAUAUAUAUUUUUCUUUUUUUUUUUAUUUAAGGCAAAGGCACCACAUACAAUAAUUUACAAACUUUUUAUAACAGAUUUAACGAUAUAAGAUUAACGUCCGCUUGAACAAAAGCUCUCCGACAUUACACAUUUAUAAUGUAUAUUUUAUUUUUUAAGCAUAGUUUAUUAAUGUACAUGAACCUUGGCUCUGCUAAUUAUCUAUGUUGCUUUACUGUUUCUCAUUGAACAAAAGUAGGUUCGCAGAGUUAUAAGUUUUCAUUUGGCGAAAAGGGGAGCUAGGAUAUACAGAGAUAAGAAGAUUAUAUAACAAUAAGUCUUACACAUAUUGCAUAAUAUUAAAUGGCUUCCAACUUCAUCUUCUAUCAAAGUUUUUCGUUGGAUGUUACAUUACUUUAAUAUCUAUCUGUUAAGUGGGUCAAUAUUGAGACGACAUUUACAUCUAGGAAAACAGACCCAGCCAGUGAUAUAACGAAUUGAAAAUACGAGUGAACUAAUUCACGUGAUAAUACAGUUGGAGAGGACUAUUUGAACAUAGUUGAAUUGAUUAUUUUUUCUUUUUCUUUUUUUUUUUUUGUGAUAAUUUUCUAUAUUAAAUAGUCUUAAUAUACACGGUUUAACAAAACAAAAGAUGCUAGCUGACCGUUAAAAAAAUGUAUAUAAAUGUUGACGAGUUUAUAUCUAGGAUUUAACAAUUUAUUAUUCAGAAUUGCAUUUGCCGUAUUAAUGUCGUUUUAUUUAUGUUUAUUGCGCAUGUUUAGGAAAGAACAACAUGUUAUGGAACGUUUGUACUUAGUAACCGUACCUCGCCAAUACUUUUAACGAAGCUCCUGUAAUAUAUCUGAUUUAACGAUUUCGAUUGUGGCAAUAUCACGCAGUAGCUGUGCUUCUACUCCAUCCUUCAUCUAAAUAUAUGUAUAAUAAAUUCAACAGAUUUAACGCAAAUAAUCAUUGUAUCGAAUUACUGUUCGUUUUUGGACAGCAUUCAAAACAGCGGCGGCCGACGCGAACACGAUGAAUUUAUAUAAUAACUUUUAUCACAAAAUUCACGAUACUCUUCUCGUGUGAAAAUUGUAACCAGCGUUCGCUAUAAUAACGCCCAUCCAAACGACUCUACCAUUACCUGGUUCACCUAUUCCGGAAAUACGUACAGUAAAACAAGGAUAUGCGUGAGAAAAAAAGAAAAUGUAUCUCGAAUCGAACACCUUGUGUUUCUAUUGGGUUGUCCGGAAAGUUCAUGCCUAUUUUUAAAAAGAAUUCAAAAGGCAUAUUUGAAUUAUGAUGUACAUCUAUUGAAUUAUAGAUGUACCAUUUUGUUCCACAACCUUUCCAUCUGUUAAGAAAUGUACACAUUUUAUUUGUUUACAGCCAUUCCGAUAUAAUAUACAGACCUGUACCGCCUACUAAAAAUCGGCAUGGACUUUCCAGACAGCCCAAUAUUAUCGAUAUCUUUUACGAAACUCCGUCUGCCGUCUGGGAGCAGUUGUAAAUUUAAGACAACACGCGAGCGAUUACGAUGCGACAUAUACAGUCAUGUGGCAAAAUCCUGAGAGCAUUCUUUUCUUCUUCUUCUUCUUCUUCUUUUCUUUUUCUCCUCUUUUACUUUUUCUUUCCAUUGUUUAUCGCAGAAACGUAUAUCACUGAUAAUGUGCACGAUAACAAGUCGAAUAUGGAAAAUAUAGCUAAUGCCUGUUUUUCAGUUAGGAAGAUCGAGCAACGGAGGCCACGUGUGACACAACGUUGAUGUUGCAUCCGAUAAAAUUCCUUCACGGAUACGACAUUACACGGAAAUCUACGUUCGUUUCGAAGUAACAUUAAUUGAAACAUUAUUUGAAGUAAUAAUAUAAUUAACGUGCUUCAAAAUCGUAUAUCGAACAAACUUGUAAGAUACUUGAAAUCUCUUUGAGUUAGUAAAAUAACGAAAUGGUAACGGUUCAGAGGAAGAAUAAAUUUGUACGACCGAUAUACUUUGUUGGUACUAUGCACGUCCGUUGUAAAUGUUGAUAUUCUUCGUUAACACGUUGGUCGCCAGAAAUUGGUGACAUGCCUUGUCAUUAAGGAACUGAUGAAAUUAAUUUCAUAGAUGAGACAAUAAUGAAAAUAAAUCUGGACAGGAUUCAUAAAUUUGACGACGUU